AUGGCUUCGAUGUCGCACCUGGUCAACUUCCUCAUGCACCAGAAGAUCACCCACAUCGGCCUCUACGACCCCAACCCCGACAUCCUCCGCGCCCUGUCGGGUACCCACAUCCACGUCACCAUCAGCGUCCCCAACAACCAGCUCCUCGCCAUCGCCUCCUCCAACACCACCGCCACCUCUUGGAUCCGCAGAAACGUCGCCGCCUACCACCCCUCCACCCGCAUCGCCGCCGUCUCCCUCGGCGACGAGGUCCUCUCCACCCUCCCCUCCGUCGCCCCCCUCCUCCUCCUCGCCCUCUGCUCCCUCCACGCCGCCCUCGUCUAUUCCAAUCUCCAUAACGACGUCUUCGUUUCCACCCCUCACUCCGCCUCCGUCAUCCUCAACCCCUUCCCUCCCUCCCAAGGCUUCUUCAACCAAACCCUAGAAACCUUCAUUCUCCCUCUUCUCCAUUUCCUCUCUCAAACAAAUUCCCCCUUAAUGCUCAACCUCUACCCUUACUACGUCUUCAUGCAGAACAGAAACCUCGUCCCUCUCGAAAACACCCUCUUCAAAUGGUGCCAUAUUAUUAGAAAACUGGUAUGGAAGGAUUUCAAUAUUGCAUAUGAAGCAGGAGGAGUUGGAAAGGAAAUUAAAAUACCAUUUCCUGCUUAUGUGAAUAAUAACUCUUUAGAGAUUCGCUUUUAUUGGGCUGGGAAAGGGACAAAUGCUAUCCCAUAUAAAUCAAUAUAUGGUCCUCUUAUAUCAGCUAUAUCUGUCACUCGUGGUUAG